AGUGCAGAAGAUUGUGUUGCCAGCACUGUCAGGAGAUGGGAAUAAAAAGCCAGAUGUGGAUUGCAGUAUUACUCUGCUGUUUGCUUGCCUUGCUCACCUAUCAGACACCCACAGUACUGCUAUAUGGGAGGAAGCUUUCAAGUCAGUAAACAGCACAAGUGCUCUGUGCUGCCUCUUAGAGCAGGCCCUUAGCAGGAAGGACAGCUUUCCUCAGGUUUCUUUGUGGUUAUGCUCCCUCAUCUGACAGCUCGCUUGAGCCAACUUAUAACAUCUGUGACAGCCCACCAUAAUCUUAAGGAGGAAGAAAUAGCUCAGGCUUGGACAGUCAUCUCCCUUGUACUGUCGGCCAGUGAUAAGAAAGAACCUGUGUUUCCACGCUCAUGCAUUGAGCAGAUCAUCAUUGGCGUACACAGGGAGCUUUUACGGUUGUCAGCCAUCCAUCUUGCCCCACCAGAGGCACAAAAAGCUCUGCAGUUUGUGGCCAGGGCAUCUAUUAUUUUCUUCCAAAGUCUGGAGAUGAGCCUAACACUUCCUGCUACAAAGGACCUGAUGUUGGCCUUGUUGCGCAUUGACCUUGAUUCAGGCUGUUUGAAAGAUGCUAUUACAGAGAAGCUGGCAAGAGAGGCCUGGUGUUGUGGAGUGGGUGCUGUUGUGGCAAACACUGGUGGCUUUGUAAAUGAAGAAGGGGUGCUGCAGAAAAUGUGCUGCCUCAUUCAAAAAGCAGCCAUCAACAUUCCAUCAUUUAAUGAGUAUAAGCAUGUCAUGAGCAUUGUGGAGCUUUUCCUCCAAACUGCUAGCAACAGUCUUCCGGUGGAUGAAAUUGUCCCCAUCAGACCACCCAAUCCUUGUAUUCUGGAAGUUAUCAGACUGCUUUCUGCUGAUGCCAUGAAACCUUGUGAAACUGAGAAAAUUCUUCAUCAUUUAUGUAUGGAUGGCCAGAUUAGCUCAGUCACGCUUGAGAAAACAUUGGAGGGUAGUCCUGAGCAGUCUAGCUUGACUAGAACAGUCUUUUCUUCUCUUUACAAUUUUCAUUUGCUGCACUAUAGUCAGACUGGGACUAUGAGGAUAGACAAGGCGGAAGUGGUCCCAAUUCGUGAAAAUCAAGUAAAGUCAUCAAAUGUUGAGACGAAGGAGUAUGAGGGAGAAAGCAAUGCAAUGUGUCUUUCAAGAAAGUGGGAAACUGAAGAUAUCACUGUGAUGCUCGAUGCUGUGCAAGUGUUGUGCCUGGCACAGUUUUGUCUCAAGAUGGAAGGACAGGUGGAUGCAGACGUGCUAAAAGCAAUGGGUGAGCUGGAAAGGAUGAUUGUGCCCAACCUGAAACACUUGUCAGCAGCAAGUGAGGAACAGAUAAUAAGAACUGCUGUUACAAGGGCAUUUGAAAAAGGUGUUGCUGCAUCUUUAGCUUUGAUGCAGCUUCUUCAGUUUCUUGAGGCUCAUAUAACUGAGCUGGAGAUUAAAGAAGAUUAUCUGUUGACUGGAGUGGAAGAAGAUGAACAUGAGUCUUCUGCACCAAGCAGUCUGUGUGUGUUCAUGUGAAAACACUGCAGCAACAUUUCCAGUGUUUUGCUGAUAGCCAGUUUCCUGAAGAUUCUUCUGCUAAUGUCCUGCAGAUGUU